CAAAACAAAAACUACAGCAGGAUGCAUAGCCACACGCAGCGACUCGCCGUCACCUCGCUGCUUCUCCCACAACUGUGAAGGAACUGUCAGGUAAAUGGGAUGGCUGCCCUGAAAUUCCGUGAGAUGGUUACAUCCAGCUGCAAUCUUUCUUGAUCGAAAUUGAACGAAGCAUUAUAUUGGUUUGAUGAGAGGCUCAGUGCGAGCAGAGGCGAGCUUGCAGAGGAGGGAUUGGCCUGCAAGCUCAAUCAAAGCUGCAAAGGAGAUAGUGGAGCAGGAGCAGUAGCUUCUAGCUUCUGCAUAUUCUCCUAGCAAUGCGUAUUGCUGCAAAUGCUGAAGCCCUAGCUCCAAAGGUCUAAAUUCCUCGGCACAUGGAGGGCAGCAACCUUGAAAUCCAAAGGCUGCUGCACUCCCAUCUCGGAGUUAGUAGGCAGCAAGCGCAACGCAGGCCUCACACCUCGUGCUCUAAGAGAGUGGAAAUUACCGCUGGAUGCCACCACUGACGCCCACCAAAAGGAUCAUCAGCAGGGGACACACGAACAGUAGGUCGAACAGCAUGCCGGAUUAGUACUAAAAUGAUGGAAGCAUGGGUCUGUGGGGGCGCGCGUUUCGAGGCAAUUAUACUACUACUAUGUACUGCUGGUGCUGACCCUCUCGUUCGAGCUGAUGACGAUCGAUAAGCUCAGCUGCACCUGCACCUGCACCAACCACACCACACAUGGAGGCUGGAGCCAUGGAGGGAGUGAGACUGGCGAUGCCUCUUCUUCUCGCAGCUUCUUCCAGCUGAAGCCUGAAGAUGGGGGCUGGAGAGCAACGAGACAAGCUCGUCGGUGUGCGCGCAUAGAGACAGCUCUAGAAGAGAAGGGAAAACCACGGCAGAAGCAGCCACAUUCCGAUCCUAACCUCUUCUGAUCCUAAUACAAAAUUCAGGGCAGCAGGCGCGCCUCCAAAAGAGAUCCACCCGGAUAGAUGGAUCCCCACGGCAGCUCAAUCAUUGCCUCGUUUGUUUCCUUCCUCUUCCUCCUCGUCGUCUCCUCCUCCGCCGUCAUCCCGGCGUCGGCUGGAGCUGGAGGCAGCAGCAGCAAUGGCACGGCGGUGCCGUUCCGGUCGGCCGACGAGCUGCUCCGGUUCCAGAGGAUCAAGGCCCAGCUCGCCAGGACCAGGGAUGCCUCCGUCAAGACGAUCCAGAGCCCUGAUGGCGACGUCAUCGACUGCGUGCCGACGCACCUGCAGCCCGCGUUCGAGCAUCCCAAGCUGCGGGGGCACAAGCCAGAGAAAGAGCCUGCGGAGAGGCCGAGGAGCAGUGGGCGUGCCGAUGCUGAUGGCGAUCAAGACGACGAGGAGGCCUUGCCGCAGGCGUGGCGGCGCUCCGGUGAGUCGUGCCCGGAGGGGACGAUACCGGUGCGGCGGACCACGGAGGCCGACAUGCUCCGGGCCAGCUCGGUCAGCCGGUUCGGGAUGAAGGCCCGGGGUGGCGGCUUCACGCGGCGCGACUCCACUGCCGGAGGCCAUGAGCACGCGGUGGGGUACGUGUCGGGUGGCCAGUUCUACGGCGCCAAGGCGAGCCUGAACGUGUGGCCGGCGCAGGUGGCGUCGCCGGCGGAGUUCAGCCUCUCGCAGAUCUGGGUCAUCUCCGGCGCCUUCGGCAACGACCUCAACACCAUCGAGGCCGGCUGGCAGGUAAGCCCUCAGCUGUACGGUGACAACAACCCAAGGUUCUUCACGUACUGGACAGACGACGCGUACCAGGAGACGGGCUGCUACAACCUGCACUGCUCGGGGUUCGUGCAGACAAGCAGCCGCGUGGCCAUAGGUGCCGCCAUCUCGCCCAUCUCGUCCUCCGGCGGCCGCCAGUUCGACAUCACGCUGCUCAUCUGGAAGGACCCGCGGCGGGGCCACUGGUGGCUGCAGCUCGGCUCCGGCGCGCUCGUCGGCUACUGGCCCUCCUCGCUGUUCACGCACCUGGGCACCCGCGCCGGCAUGGUGCAGUUCGGCGGCGAGGUCGUCAACGCGCGGCCGGCCGGCGCGCCGCACACGGCCACGCAGAUGGGCUCCGGGCGCUUCCCCGGGGAGGGGUACGCGCGCGCCGCCUACUUCCGCAGCGUGCAGGUCGUCGACUGGGACAACAGCCUCGUGCCCGCCGCCGGGCUCCGGCUCCUCGCCGACCGGCCGGGGUGCUACGACAUCGCCGGCGGCAGCGGCGGCGCGUGGGGCACCUACUUCUACUAUGGCGGGCCCGGGAGGAACGCACGGUGCCCGUAGGUAGCUAGGAACGGAACGGGAUGGGUGCGGUGUUUCUUUACGUGCGCAUCACUGAUCAAGCACAAAGCAAAUAUAUAUAUGGCAAAUUAAAGCUUUGAUUUUUUU